GGCUAGAGGGACGGAUUGAAUACUCUUGUGCACCUCCGUCACUCGGCUCGCGCGCAACCCCGCCCCGUUAUUACCGGGCUGGUUAUUCAGAGCCAGCAAUUGGCUGCCGGAUUUCGUUCCGCAACUAUAAGAAGAUCGCUUCGGGGGUUACUGUGGCGUGGCUGAAUGUAGAUCAGAAUUCUGGAUGA